GUCAGCACAUAGGGAGGGCGUAUUUUGACAAGUUUCUGAAGGAACUCCUUUGUCGAUUCUUUUCGUCCACAAACUCAGGAUUCUCACAGAACAUCCAUAUACAUCUGUUAGUUCACUCUGCUCCAUCUCUGAAAUGGCCGAUCCGAAAUAUGCGAAUUUGCCAGGCAUUGCCUCCAAUGAACCUGAUGUGUACGAGACCAGUGACUUACCCGAGGACGACCAAGCACAGUUUGAGUCGUUUGUACAAGAACUGGAGGAGUUAUGCAGUGACAGCGUGGAACGCAUUGUGGUUAAUCCCAAUGCAGCAUACGACAAGUUCAAGGACAAACAUGUCAGCACCAGAGGCCUUGACUUCUCAGACCGAAUCAGUAGGAGCAGACGGGUGGGCUAUGAGUCUGGAGAGUACGAGAUUCUGGCAGAGGGCUGUGGACUGAAGGAGACUCCACAGCAGAAGUAUCAGCGGCUGGUCAAUGAAAUUCAGGAGUUGAGUCAGGAGGUGGAAAACAUACAGGCCAUUACUAAGGAGAGCAGCACAGAGGAGAAGUUUACACCCGUGAUGCUGGCUCAGCAGGCAGCACAGCUGAAGCAGCAGCUGGUCGCAGCCCACCUGGACACACUGCUGGGUCCAGGAGCACAGAUCAACCUGGCUGACCCAGAUGGAGCACUCGCGAAACGGUUGUUGACCCAGUUAGAGGUAACAAAGGGUAGUCGUAACACUAUGGGAGGAGACAGUAAAGCCACAGGAGCUAAGGGCCCAGAUGGAGUGGUCCUCUAUGAACUCCACAGUCGACCAGAACAAGAGAGAUUCUGCGAGCUGGCUAAGAUAGCAGAGUUGGAGAAGCGUUUGGCUGAGUUGGAGACAGCAGUGGGUUCAGGCUCUGAGAAACAGGGUCCUCUGAGUGCCGGGCUCCAGGGCACCAGUCUCAUGGACACCUUGGAACUGCUGCAGGCCCGGGUCAGUGCUUUAGAUGGUUCAACACUGGACCAAGUUGAAGCCAGGCUGCAGAGUGUGCUGGGCAAGAUGAAUGAAAUCGCAAAGCAUAAAUCUGCCAUUGAGGAUGCGGAAACCCAAAACAAGGUCUCACAACUGUAUGACAUUGUGCAGAAAUGGGACGCCAUGGCAACGUCUCUCCCUCAAGUGGUGCAGCGACUGACUGCUGUGAAAGAACUGCAUGAGCAAGCCAUGCAGUUUGGCCAGCUACUGACCCACCUUGACACUACACAGCAAAUGAUCAACAACUCGCUGAAGGAUAGUAACACACUGCUGACACAGGUCCAGCAGACCAUGAAGGAGAACUUACUGGCUGUGGAGGAGAACUUUACGGCUCUCGACCAGAGGAUUAAGAAACUCUCCAAAUAAAUUAUUUUUAACUGGCAAGAAAUAGGGUGAAAUAAUAAUGAGGAUUUAUAUUCCUCCUUCUCUGUCUUGCAUUUUGUUUCACAUUUUCUCCUUCUUAUCUUCACAAAGUAGAAUGUUGGAAAGAAAAUAAAAAACUGAGAAGUUUAAGAGACCAAAUGUUCCUGCACAACAGAACUCUGUUAACUAGCAUUUCUAUGCUUUUCAUGUUCAGCAAGCUUUUGAGAGGAGUAAUAGAUCAGUGAAAACUUAAAACUCCAUACAGUAGCCACUUUAGUUCCCUCUAAUGGUAGUUUUUCAGAUAAAUGCAGUUUCGAUAUGUUUAUCCCACUGGACCAGUUUUUUAGCAUCGGUUUGAAUUGAGUUAUUAUUGUUGUCAAAUGUAAAUCCUAGACAAGGAUGCACAAGUCUGUUUAAAUGCAAAUUGUCAGUGGUUUUGUAUGAUGGGCAAUUUCCUUACAAAUGCCUGACAGAGACGUGCCAUUGUCCUUUGAUUUCAGCAGUCAGUCAUGAAAGGUUGUGUGUACAGAUGUGUUUACCUUAAAGCAUUUUCAUGGUCAUUUACUGAAACUGUUGAUGUGUCAUGAAUGAUAUAGGUUCUGCUUUGUCAUUUGACUAUACUUGCUUGUACUCUUUAGCUGUGGUCUUGGAAAAUAUAUUGAAAAUUCUUCAAACAGACUUAACUUGUACUGUGGUGUCAAAACCAUCUCAAAGAAGAAAAGGCCACAGGAUAUGGUUAACAUUUUAAUCAGUUA